AUGCACCCGCUUGCCUUGUCCUCGACCUCGCUCCUCCGCCUCAUCAAGUCGCUCUCGCCGGCGGCGCCGGGGGCGCACCUGUCGGCCGCCGCCAUCCACUGCCUCCUCUUCAAGGAGGGCCUCCUCCACGCCGGGGCGCACCUCCCCACGGCGCUGCUCACGGCGUACGCGGCGCUCGGUCGCCCGGGCCACGCGCGGGACCUAUUCGAUGAAAUGCCCGACCAGGGCCUCGUCGCGCGCACCGCCAUGGCUAAGGCUCACGCGGCGUCCGGGCAGCCGUCCCAGGCCCUCCGGGUGUUCCGGGGCGUGAUCUCGGACGGCUUCGUCCCGGACAAUGUUGCCCUGGCGGUCGUGCUGGCCGCAUGCCAUUCAUGCACGGUGGACGCAGGAAGGAUGGUCCAUGCUUUCGUCAUCGUCAGCGGCAUCGAGCCGGACAUGUUCGUCUCUACCCAGCUCAUCAGAGUCUACGGGGAGCGCGGGGAGCUCACGGUCUCCAGGAGGGUGUUCGACGACAUGCCGGCAAAGAGUGCCGUUGCUUGGAAUGCCAUGGUGCAUCAGUACGCCAGGAAUAAGCAUGCGGAGGCUGCGUACCAGCUCUUUCUUGCGAUGCCAAGGAGGGAUGUGGUGUCGUGGAACACGGUGAUAGCAGGGUAUUGCCUGGUCGGCCGGUGCAGGGAGGCGUUAGGCUUGUUCCGCCAGAUGGUAUCUCCAUCCUCAUGCCCGGUGCACCCGAAUGGGCCUACAAUGGCCACUGUCCUUGGUGCCUGUGCAGCUGCAGGGUGUUUGGAGACUGGGAUUUGGGUCCAUGCGUAUAUUGACAAGAAUCGGAUGAAUGACAGUGGUGCACUAGAUAGAUGCUUGAUAGACAUGUACGCCAAAUGUGGAAGUAUUGACACGGCCUUGCAGGUGUUUGGGAAGGCACCUGAGAAGAGGGACCUCUACUCAUGGACAACAGUGAUUUGUGGACUGGCGAUGCAUGGUCGGGCCGCUGAUGCCUUGCAGAUCUUUAACAUGAUGCAAGAUAGUGGUAUAACCCCUGAUGAUGUUACUCUUGUCGGGGUCUUAAAUGCGUGCGCACAUGGAGGGUUAGUGGAUGAAGGCCUUAACUACUUCUACUCCAUGCAGGAGAAAUAUGGAAUCAGUCCCAAGAUUGAACACUAUGGUUGUAUGGUCGAUCUUCUUGGCCGCGUCGGGCGAUUGCCAGAAGCAUAUAGGAUGAUAAGAACAAUGCCAAUGAAACCUAACAUGGUAAUAUGGGGAGCUUUCUUGAGCGCAUGCAAAGUUCAUAAUAGUUUGGAACUUGGUGAGAUCGCGGCAGCAGAAGUUACUAGGUUGGAUCCAGAUGACCCUUGGGCAAGGGUGAUGAUGUCUAGCAUGUAUGCAAAAGCCCAGAACUGGAGUGGUCUCGCCAGGGAGAGGAGGGAAAUGAACAACCUGCAGAUGAAGAAGACUCCAGGGUGCAGCUCAGUCGAGCUUGACGGUGAGGUGCAUGAGUUUGUGGCUGGUGGCAGUCAGCAUCCUCUGCAUGCUGAGAUUUGUACCGUACUGGAGUUUGUUGAGGCACAGUCACAUACAGGUUGAGACACGCAAAGCUCUUGUGCUGGGGAAUUUUUUGCACGGGGAGCCGAGGGUGAAGAUUUUUUUGAGCCUUUCAGUAGGUGGUUGCUGAGCUCCUUCCUUUGUGUGCCAGCGUACAGCGGACCUGAGAAGAAAAUUCAGUUGAUUGCUAGGUCAUACUGCGAAGAACUCACGAAGUUAAGGCCCUGUUUGUUUCAGAAGUCUCAAGACUUUUUUUAGUCCCAACUAAAAAGUCUCUAGUCCCUACCCGUUUGUUUUCAGAAACUAAACAGGGACUAGAGUUCAUUAAAUGACAUGCAAAAAGACCAUGUUACCCCUAGUAAUGUAGUAGAAGUUAUUAAAUGACAUGCUAAAAGUAGGGGCACUGUUGGAAAAAGUGUCAAAAAAGUCCCCAAAAGACCCUUCCAUAGGGACUUCUUUCUUUAGUGCCAAAUACCCCUUUUAGUCCCUAAAAGUCCCUCCUGUUUGUUUCACAUGGGACUAAAAGGGGCUUUUUUAGUCCCUACAUCAAGAAGUCCGUGGAAACAAACACCCCCUAAGUUGCCAGCACCGAGUAAAUGUUGAAGCUGUUGUAGCCAAUGUGCACUUCAACUCAGAAUCCCGUCUUGCAUCAUGUUGUUGCAUCAGCCAAGCCGUGGUUCUGGCAGUGGAUAUCUCCAACCAGGUGGAUGUGUAUAUCUCCAACCAAUCAUCCUUGUCAUCAAACCAAACACACCCUAACUGGAUAUCGAGACGCACACUAACUGCUUAGCGUGUUAUGGUUAUCGAAAUGGAAAUGGCGCCACAAGUUGGGGGUUGUUUUUGGACAGAGAUAUUUUCCCACUGUUUCCACUGUUGAAUAACAACUUAUUGUCCAGUUACUGUGCUACGUAA